CACAACCUUUUUCGGUGGGGUUAAGAGGACUGAGAAGAAGCAAAGCAGCAAUGGCAGCUGGACUUGCAAUCGGAUUUAGUGCUGUUAGGCCACCAUUAAAGCAAGCACUAGGAGUGAAAAUCCUCAAUUACCAAAAGAGCAAAUGGGUCUUUAGCCCUUUGGCUUUUUCAUCAUCUUCUUCUUCUUCUUCAACAUCAAGAAAGCUAAUACUCUAUUCAAAGCCUGGUUGCUGUUUGUGUGAUGGCCUCAAAGAAAAACUCAAUGCUGCUUUCUCUCUUUCCAGUCCCCAUUCUCUACACGACGUUCAAUUACAGGUUAGAGAUAUAACUAGCAAUCCUGAUUGGGAGAAGGCUUACCAAUAUGAAAUACCUGUGUUGGCUAGAGUGCGUCCUGAUGGCACUGAGGAGGUACUUCCUAGAUUAUCUCCUCGUCUAGGUGUUGAGGCCAUCCACAAGAAGAUUGCAGCUGCAUUGACUGAAUGAGCUCUCUCAAUAAAAUUUUUGAAGCCAGUCUUCGCUCAUGUUGUAAGAGUGAUAGAUAAUAUGGAGAACUCUCUUCUUCUUCCUCUCCCAUUUUCGCUCAUGUUGUAAGAGUGAUAGAUAAUAUGGAGAACUCUCUUCUUCUUCCUCUCCCUUUUACUGUGUAUCUUGCAACUGUACCACCACCAAACCUUGAGACUAUGGUGGACAUAUACAGUUUGACUGUGUAAUAUGCCAUAGGAUACCGACUAUGAAUAUACCAAUGAGUAAAACUAGAUAUUUAUACAUUUUACCGCUAAUGAAGCUUA